AUUUAAAUACUUGGGAAUGAUGAUGAAUGACCAAUGGGAUUCUCAACAAGAAAUAAAAUGCCUUACCGAAUAAGCAAGACAAGUUUUUAUCAAAUUUAAACCGGUACUAUGUAACCGCAAUCUUUUUUUCAAUCUCCGCUACAGGAUGGUUAAAUGCUAUGUAUGGUCCAUAUUGUUAUAUGGCAUGGAAACAUGGACGUUAAGAGUACCUUUCAUUAAUAAGUUGGAGGCCUCCGAAAUGUGGACGUUGUCAAGAAUGGUAAGCAACGAGGAAGUCUUAAGAAAGGCAAAUACUGGGAGAGAACUACUCAAUUUUAUCAAGGUACAAAAAAUUGGAUACCUCGGCCAUAUUCUGAGAGGAAAAAAAUACGAGGGGGAAAAAAAGAGAAGUAGGUCGCAAACAAAUGUCGUGGCUACGGAACAUAAAAAACUGGAUAAGCAUAAAUAACACUGGCGAUCUUUUGCAUGCAACAAAAGACAGACGUCUGGCCUUAAGAUAA